AUGCCCAACUAUGCCAAGUUUAUGAAAGACAUCUUAUCAAACAAGAGGAAGUUAGAAGACAAUGAAAUGGUCAUGCUUACUGAAGAGUGCAGCGCAAUUCUCCAACACAAAUUACCACCGAAACUAAAAGACCCAGGGAGUUUUACUAUUCCUUGUAAUAUUGGGUUGGGGGAAGCAAAAGCGACUACAAUUUCACUGCAGUUAGCCGAUAGGUCAAUCAAGCACCCGCGAGAUAUUUGUGAAGAUAUUUUGGUCAAUGUCGAUAAGUUUAUCUUCCCAGUGGACUUCAUUAUUCUGGAUAUGGAAGAAGAUUGA